AUGCCUGAAAACAAGGUCCCACAGCCGGGGCCAGCUAAACUCAAGCGCAAUGCUGGCCCUGAUGAGUGGCUGGAGGCUGCCAAAAACUGCAAGUACCUAUCUGAGGCUCACAUGAAGCAGCUGUGUGAAAUUGUCAAGGAAUAUAUGAUGGAAGAAUCAAAUAUCCAACCCGUUUCAACUCCCGUCACCAUCUGUGGUGAUAUCCACGGCCAGUUCUACGAUCUUCUCGAACUCUUCCGCGUCUCUGGUGGGAUGCCUGACGGCACCGAAGUUGACGCUCCCAAGACCUCUACUACCGUAAUUACAUCCGCUGAUAUCGAGCCACCUUCCACCAUCACAGAUCCCAAGCUUCGGAAGAAACUACGAGGUAACAGCUCCGGAUCGAAGGAGGACGAUGAAGAGGAAUCGGAAUCUGCUCCAAACCCGCCGAGCGGGUCGUCAGGUCCAUCACCAGAUGAUGUGCGUCUUAAUUCAAACUUUGUCUUCCUAGGAGACUACGUGGACCGUGGAUAUUUCAGUUUAGAGACACUGACCCUGUUGUUGUGUCUCAAGGCGAAAUAUCCAGAUCGCGUCACUUUAGUUCGCGGAAACCACGAAUCUCGCCAAAUCACACAAGUAUACGGAUUCUACGAAGAGUGCUUCCAAAAGUACGGGUCGGCUUCAGUGUGGAAGGCUUGUUGCCAGGUCUUUGAUUUCAUGACUCUAGGUGCUAUUAUCGAUGGCAAGGUCCUCUGCGUUCAUGGAGGACUUAGUCCUGAGAUUCGGACUCUAGACCAAGUGCGCGUGGUGGCCCGCGCACAAGAGAUCCCUCACGAGGGUGCUUUCUGCGAUUUAGUCUGGUCAGAUCCAGAUGAUGUGGAAACAUGGGCCGUUAGUCCCCGAGGAGCAGGCUGGCUAUUCGGUGGUCAAGUGGCUGAUGAGUUCUGCCACGUUAACGAUCUUUCUCUGAUUGCGCGUGCCCACCAGCUAGUGAAUGAAGGAUACAAGUAUCAUUUCGCCAAUCAGAACGUCGUCACUGUGUGGAGCGCACCCAACUACUGCUACCGCUGCGGUAAUCUAGCCUCUGUGUGCGAGAUUGGCGAUGACCUGAAACCGACGUUCAAGCUUUUCAGUGCAGUCAGUGAUGAUCAACGACAUGUACCAGCCCAGCGGCCAGGUCGCAGCGAAUACUUCCUGUAA